UAUUUCGUUUUUCGUCGUCGGGUCGUUCGGCUGGAGUCGGCUCUCCCAGAGUCUAUCUCUGUUAGGUGGUUGCUGGUUCGAAAAACUUUCGGCUCUCUGUUUCUCAAUGUAGCAAAAUGGCUGCCAAACUACAAUAAUGAGUGUGACGUUGUUAACGUUUACCAAUGUGUUAUAUUGUUUGUGUCGUUCUUCCUCAAAUAUAUUUUGUGAUUAAUAAAUAACAGUGAUAAUUGUGACAGUGUUUUAUUAUAUCAAGACUUUAUUAUACUGUAAUAAAUAAUAAUAACUCAAUACUUUCCACACACGAGUAAGUGAAGGGAAUAACGCAACAAAAAAAGAUGGCAUGUGAAUCAAGGAACUAGGUCAAUAUUAGUGGCCUAAUUAAAAUAAUCAGCAGCAGUAAUGCCAACUUAUCACAAUGCGGGUGCUAGUUACCCAAACUUAUCAGCACUAGCUCGUCAGGGUAAAAUUGAUGGUAACCAGAAUCACCAUCAUCACACAAUACCUUCAAAUGUAACGGCUCAUUCUUUUUUGCAAAACGCACUCCAAUCGAUGCAAUCGAUCCAAUCAAUUCAUCACUCCAUUCCAUCAAUCCCAUCCAAUUACAGUGGGGCAAAUAUGCUGCCACAUCCAGUCUCACCAAUAAUGACAACAACACACCCCAGUAGUAUUGUAACAACUCAAAAUGUUGUUGUACCUCCAACCACUCACAUGAGUAAUUCCGUACCAUCUUCUCCGGUUAUCCUUACUCCUAAUAAUUCAACUAUAAAUCCAACAAGUAACAAUGCCUUAUCAAUGAGCACGAGACAUGAAGUUAAACUUAAUGCUAUGCCAUGGUUUCAUGGAAAAAUUUCACGAGAAACAGCAGAAAGUUUGCUGCGACCUCGUGAAGAUGGUCUGUUUCUAGUCAGAGAGUCGACAAAUUUCCCCGGUGAUUAUACACUGUGUGUAUCCUACGCUGGACGAGUACAACAUUACCGUGUUAAAUAUAAAAAUAAUCAUUUGACAAUUGACGACGAGGUAUUUUUCGAAAAUUUAGCCCUGCUUGUUGAGCAUUACGAGGAGGAUGCCGAUGGCCUGUGUACACAACUGACAAAGCCGUUGCCAAAGCAAGGCAAGCAAGAUUUUUGCGUCGAUCCGAAGGCCUUCGUUGAGGCCGGAUGGGUGAUACAAACUCACGAGCUUGAAUUGCGGGAGUGCAUUGGCAAAGGUGAAUUUGGCGACGUACUGCUGGGCGUUUAUCGCGGCGAACGUGUCGCCGUUAAAAUGUUGAAAGACAACAGCGAAGCUGCACAAAGAUUUUUAGCUGAGGCUAGUUUGAUGACUUCACUUAUUCACGAUAAUUUGGUUAAAUUACUUGGCCUCGUAUUUAACAAUCAACAUAUGUACCUGGUUACUGAAUAUAUGAGUAAGGGAUCACUCGUCGAUUAUUUAAGAUCGAGAGGACGGUUGCACGUUACCAAAAAAGAUCAAAUUAAUUUUGCUUUUGAUACGUGCGCUGGGAUGGCUUAUCUUGAAUCUCGACACGUCGUACAUCGUGAUUUAGCAGCAAGAAAUGUUCUUGUUGCUGAAGAUAAUUCAGCCAAAGUAUCAGACUUUGGUUUGGCACGUGAUGAAAAUUUUUCACUUGACGGUGGUAAAUUACCUAUUAAGUGGACUGCACCUGAGGCUCUAAAACAAAAUAAAUUUUCAAACAAAUCAGAUAUGUGGAGUUUUGGAAUUUUAUUAUGGGAAAUUUAUUCCUUUGGACGAGUACCAUAUCCGAGAAUACCAUUAGCGGACGUUGUAAAGUGUGUGGAAAAAGGAUAUAAAAUGGAACCACCGGAUGGAUGUCCGUCUGAAGUUUACGACAUCAUGAAACAGGCAUGGGAUUUACAACCAGAGAAGAGACCAACGUUCCACGACAUAAAGGUCAAACUCGGUUUUCUUAAGGCUGAGUACACCAAAUAUCCGAAUUAAUCAACUUAUUAAAUGCAUGUAAGAAAGUCUAAGACUUUUUUUAAUAAUUUAAAACUCACCUGGUCUAAAUUAUUCGUUAAAAUAACUAAAAAUAUAUAGAUAUUUAUAUAUAAGUAGUAAUACUCUCGUUAAAUAAUUAAUAACAAAUUUUAAUAAUUAAAAAUAAAACAAAAAAAAAUAACUGCUGCAAAUAAUUUUUAAGUGGGUUCACGAUAAUUGUCUUGAUGUCUUGAUAUUUUUUUUUUUUCUUAAGUAACUGGAGGAUAAAAUUUUUUUUACGACAGUAUACGUCACCAAUUGCUACCUAUGUCAAUUGUGCCUUCGUUUAAAUAGAUAUUCUUACAAAAAAAAAUAAUAAAAAGUAAAAAAAAAGUUAAAAAAUAAACAAAUUAAUUAAUUAAUGAAUAAAUUCAAUUUAUGACCCUGAAUUCAUGCUCAUUGAAGUAGCAAUAAUCGUCUCAUUUUUAUUGUCAUUUAUGAUUGAGUAAAGUGAGUACGAAAAUAAAUAUAAAUGUCACUAUCUGUUCCCAUUUCAACUCAAUGAUACAAAUAAUAUAUCGUCCGUUUAAUUAUGAGAAUAAAUAAAUUAUUAAAAUUAAAUUAUGGAGUAGAUAAAAAUUUAUUGAUAAAUAUAGAAAACAAACAAA